ACCCAAAGAAGAAGAAACAAAAAAAAAAAAAAAAAAAAAAAGUGUGGAAAAUUCAUCUCACAAAAAUGAAAAACUUGGGUAUAAAAAUGUAAUUUUAGUUAUUUUUUCAUCAUCAGUAAGAAGAAAACUGUAGAACCUCCGAGCAAGAAGGAAAUGGCCUGAAACCACCAAGCCCUGCAUUGUCAUCAUCUACUGGUAAUUCGAACCAGCGUUGAGUCUGUGACACACUGAAAAUGUCGCAAGGUUGGUUCUCAGGUGGUCCCAGUAGCAGUAGAAUCAGCAACCACAACCAUCUGCAGCAAUCGUCACCUUCUCUGCUUGCAGAUUGGAACGCCUACACCGCCUCCAAAGCUUCCGACGAGUUCGAGUCUUCGAGUUCAGCCUUCGAUCUGGAAGCCGCCGUCAAAACCGCCAACGAUAAAAUCACUGGUACUUUCAAUGUGGUUUCAAAAGGAAUGAGAGGCUUACCAGGAAACUUUCAGUCCGCCACUAGCAAUGUUCCUUCUGGAAAAUCUCUUCUGUAUUUUGGUUUACUCCUAGCGGCUGGAGUGUUUUUUAUCUUCAUUGCUUUUACCCUUUUCCUUCCUGUCAUGGUGGUAAUGCCUCAAAAAUUCGCUAUCUGCUUUACUAUUGGUUGUGCCUUCAUCAUUGGCUCAUUCUUUGCCCUCAAAGGUCCUAAGAAUCAGCUUAUGCACAUGUUUUCAAAAGAGAGGCUUCCUUUUACGUUGGGAUUUAUUGGCAGCAUGGUGGGUACAAUUUAUGUUUCCAUGGUGCUUCACAGUUAUGUUCUUUCUGUGCUCUUCUCUGUGUUACAGGUUCUUGCACUGUCAUACUAUGCUAUUUCUUAUUUCCCUGGAGGAUCAGCUGGGCUGAAGUUUCUUUCUACAGCACUUACCUCUUCGAUACUAAAAUGUUUUGGAAGGUGAGAGGUUCCGUAAAGCAAGUAAAUGCAGGAGGAAGAUGAUUCCAUGAUUACUGAAGUCAAUGAAAGCUGAAGAAGAGAAAGAAGAUGGAUUCUAACACAAGAUACAAUAUCUAGUAGAGAGCCUCAUGAAGGCAUGAGACACCAGGCUAUUUCAGUGGUAUCAAUAAAUGAAAACACGGUGUAUUGAAGUUCUAGCUGAGGUAAUGAUUAUCCUAUUUCUGAACA